AUGACAAGAAGCUCGAAUCCUGAAGUUACAGGAGGGUCUAGAAAUUCCUGUCCCUGGAGCGGAGUCCAGUGUGAUGGACACACUGGCCAUGUGAUCAGCCUCGAUCUGAGCAAUGCUUGCCUUUCUGGCUCCAUCAACUCUAGCAGCAGCCGUUUCCGACUUGUUCACUUGGAGAGUCUCAAACUCGAAGCCAAUAACUUCACUCUUUCUGUCAUACCACCCGAAAUCGGCAACCUUUCGAGGUUCAACAUACUGAAUUUGGUUGGUAAUGUGCUAACUGGUGAAAUCCCAUCUUCCUUUAGUAAGUUCACUCAACUCUCCGAGUUAUAUCCGAGCAACAACCAGUUGACAGGUCAAGUCCCUUCUUCCUUUCAGAACUUCACUCAACUCUCUCGUUUAUCCUUGCGCCAAAAUCAAUUGGCAGGCCAAACCCCAUCUUUCUUCGGGACCCUCACUGAACUCUCUCAGUUGGAUCUGAGCGACAACCAAUUAACCGGCCAAAUCCGUCAUUCUUGGGAAACCUCAGCCAACUCUCUGCAUUGUACCUCAGUCUCAGCCCAACUCACAGGCCAGAUCCCAUCUUCCAUUGGGAACCUCAUGCGAAUCUCCAGUUUAGGUCUUUUGCACGCCAAAUCCCGGUGCCGUCAUGAACCUCCAGCAGCUGGAGAAUCUUUACUUGAACUCCAACAAGUUAACAGGUCUUAUUCCAUCUCAACUUGGAAGCCUCAUCCACCUGGAGAGUCUUGA